AUGCUCCCGGCUGCCUUCAUGGCUCCGUCCUCGCCGGCGCCUGCCCUCCGCGGUACAGCCACCGAAGGAUCCUUGGCCGGCAUUGAGGUCGAGACGCGAGUUCCCAUGGUCCUUGUCGAGGCCUUGCCAGAGCCGCGCCCCAACGAUGCCAUGCUCCCUGUGGAACUGAACCGCACCUCCUUGUACUGGGGGCUCCUCUUGAUCUGCAUCCUGUCCGUGCUCUUUUCCAGCUACUUCUUCAACUGA